UCCUGGCGGCCGCAAGUUUCACUGCAGCCGAGCCAGGAGGCUCAGUGACGCUGUGGCCGCCUCCAGCCUUGGUCUGAGCGCUGACGAGCUGGGGGGUGCGGUCGUGCAAUAGGAAGCCGAGAGGGUAUUGCAAGCUUUCCGUUGGACACCAGCUACUGAGUGCCACGCCCUGCCCGGUGCAUUCCCUGCACACCUUCAGGGCCCCCACCUGUGGCCCCCAGACUCCCCUUCUUGUGCUAGCCAUGCCUCUAAGCCGCAGUUUGUCCAUAUCCUCACUGCCCGGACUGGAGGAGUGGGAGGAUGAAUUCGACCUGGAAAACACAGUGCUCUUCGAAGUGGCCUGGGAGGUGGCCAACAAGGUGGGUGGUAUCUACACGGUGCUGCAGACCAAGGCCAAGGUGACGGGCGAUGAAUGGGGUGAUAACUACUACCUGGUCGGGCCGUACACGGAGCAAGGAGUGAGGACCCAGGUGGAACUGCUGGAGCCCCCGACCCCGGCCCUAAAGAGGACCCUGGAGUCCAUGAACAGCAAAGGCUGCAAGGUGUACUUUGGACGCUGGCUGAUCGAAGGGGGUCCCCUGGUGGUGCUACUGGACGUGGGAGCCUCUGCCUGGGCCCUGGAGCGCUGGAAGGGCGAGCUCUGGGAUACCUGCAACAUCGGGGUGCCUUGGUACGACCGGGAGGCCAACGAUGCUGUCCUUUUUGGCUUCCUGACCACCUGGUUCCUGGGCGAGUUCCUGGCCCAGAGUGAGGAGAAGCCACACGUGGUGGCCCACUUUCAUGAGUGGCUGGCGGGCGUGGGGCUCUGUCUAUGCCGAGCACGGAGGCUGCCCGUGGCAACCAUCUUCACCACCCAUGCCACGCUGCUGGGACGAUACCUGUGUGCGGGGGCCGUGGACUUUUACAACAACCUGGAGAACUUCAACGUGGACAAGGAAGCAGGUGAGCGGCAGAUCUACCACCGGUACUGCAUGGAGCGCGCGGCCGCCCACUGCGCCCACGUCUUCACCACUGUGUCCCAGAUCACCGCCAUCGAGGCUCAGCACCUGCUGAAGAGGAAACCAGAUAUUGUGACCCCCAACGGACUGAAUGUGAAGAAAUUCUCUGCCAUGCAUGAGUUCCAGAACCUUCAUGCCCAGAGCAAGGCUCGAAUCCAAGAAUUUGUGCGGGGCCAUUUUUAUGGGCACCUGGACUUCAACUUGGACAAGACCUUGUACUUCUUCAUCGCCGGUCGCUAUGAGUUCUCCAACAAAGGGGCUGAUGUCUUCCUCGAGGCCUUGGCCAGGCUCAACUAUCUGCUCAGAGUGAAUGGCAGCGAGCAGACAGUGGUCACCUUCUUCAUCAUGCCGGCUCGAACCAACAACUUCAACGUGGAGACCCUCAAGGGCCAAGCCGUCCGCAAGCAGCUGUGGGACACUGCCAACGCCGUGAAGGAGAAGUUCGGGCGGAAGCUGUACGAGUCUUUGCUGGUGGGGAGCCUCCCGGACAUGAACAAGAUGCUGGACAAAGAGGACUUCACCAUGAUGAAGAGAGCCAUCUUUGCCACACAGCGGCAGUCCUUCCCCCCUGUAUGCACCCACAAUAUGCUGGAUGACUCGUCAGAUCCCAUUCUCACCACCAUCCGCCGAAUAGGCCUUUUCAAUAGCAGUGCCGACAGGGUCAAGGUGAUUUUCCACCCAGAGUUCCUCUCCUCCACCAGCCCGCUGCUGCCCGUGGACUAUGAGGAGUUUGUCCGAGGCUGCCACCUAGGGGUUUUCCCCUCUUACUACGAGCCUUGGGGUUAUACACCAGGUAAAGAACUGACCACCACCCCAGAGGGAACCUGCGUGGAGGUAGAGGUGGGGGAGGCUCCGGAGCCCAGGGGUGGCCAGAUGGCGGGCUCACGGCUGUGCAGGGACACUGUGGGAGACCUGUGA